AGCCUUUGCUGAACCAGCCCUCAAGCAGCCCUCGAGAGGACAGUCAGGCCCUGUUCAGGUUCCUUCCGCGCGCUAGUGAAUUCGUUGUUCUGUGAUGUUCGCGUAUGCUCUCCCGUAGCCGCCUGGUCUAGCUCAAGAUGGAUGUGGUAAGCUAUCCUUUUGUUUUGUCCCACCCUUCUGGGAGAUUCUGCAUUGUGAAUGCGCAGCUUUGUUGGCAACGGUAGUGGUUGCCACGAGGAGGAAGAGGAGGAUGAGUCGGAGCAAGAUGAGUAUCAUGAGUCAGACAGUACUGACGACUCUUGUUCAACACAAGAAGGCAUUGAUGCGGUUAAUCGUAAGAAGAACUCGGGCUUCAGUUUCUUUAUCAUCUCCACAGCUUUCACUCUGGGGCUCGUGUUUUCUCCAUCCACUCUUGGUAGUGCUGGGUGGUAUUGGGGCACCGCGUUCUGGAUAUAUUCCAUUGGGAGCACAUGGCUCAGUGGAAUCAUACUCGGCCACUGUGUGAUGGAUGCAGCUGAGCGUGGUGUCGAGAGCACAUAUCCUGCUCUGGUCGAGGACAGCUUUGGGUCAGCGGGCUGGUAUUUUGCAGCGUCAAUGCAGAUUCUGACCUACUACAUGGUGAACGUGUCUCUAUUGGUAAACGUUGCUGACUGGUGCCUGCUCGCAUACAAUGGCUUGCAUGAGCUCAGUGGUGGUAACUCUGUCCAACGUGACGUUUGUCUUUGGCAGCUGCUUUUGGCCGCCGGAUUGGUAACUGCUCUGCUGGCUCAGAUUCGCACCUUCAGACAUUUGCUUCCAUUCGCCUUGCUCAGCCUCUUGAGCAGCAUCAUCCGGUGGUUGCUCCUCUUUUACCAGGUCGGUUACGGGGACUUGGUGGCAACAUGCCACCCUUCUUUUGCAGGUGUCACCUUCAAGUCCGUGUUGAAUUCGUUAGCAACCACCGCGUUUCUCUUUGGAGGACACGGCUUGUUCCCCGAGGAGAUCCGGGAGCUCCGCCGGCCUCGCAGCUAUUUUCCAGCCCUGCACGGCACCUACGUGCUGCUUGUCACCGUCUACAUCAGCAACACGUAUGUUGCCUAUGCAGUCUGGGGACAGUGGACCAGCGCCGAUAACCAGUUCAAUUGGCCACUGAAUUGGGCCACGGUGACCUCUGCCUUCCUGAGCGUCCUCUGGGGUCUAGUGGAGAUGGCCACGUGCCACGUGCUGAUGUUGUCUCUGGUGGAGCGCACAUCGGUCGUGCGGAAAGUAUUGGAGGCUCCACGGGUCCUCUGUGGCAUGUCGCCGAAAGUGGCCACGCAGGCGAGGAGCAGCCUCCUGAGACUUGUCUUCGUGCUGUCCGAGGUGUUCUUUGCAGUGAUGCUAUCGGCGGCUGGACUGGGCAACAUCAAUGCACUGGUCGGUGCCUUUGGUUUUGCUUCCCUCACCUACUAUGCACCCUUUGCUGUCUACUGGCAGCAGGCUCUGCGAAGGGGUGACGCAGGCUUGUUGUUUCAGGUCUCUUGUUUUCUGGCCAUACUGACCGGCGUUGCGCUCACCUUAUUGGGGACAUACGCUGCAAUCCGUGGUAUGGAGGAGGACCUCCAGACCUACACGCUCUUUGACACCUCGAGGUGCACUGUUUCAGACGUCGUCAACCAAGCCUCGUGCGACAAUCCUUGCAGAGAUGCGUACGGUUUGAACGCCACUUCUUGCCCAGCUGCCCAGGGAUAGCGAACCAGCGACAAGCAACCAACAGAUGAUCCUCAACUGUGGACUGACAGCUGCCCAAUGAAUAAGGAAUAUCGUGGAUUGCCUUCGUUCUACUAUGCCCCCCCGUCAGAUUUGCAUGGCCACGCUUUGUGGGUAAGUUGAUUGGUUUUCUUGUCGGAUACUGUCUAGGCUCUGGCUUGUCCAGCUUUGCUGGUGCUGCUGGCUAGGACGGCUCCCGUGCAGUGCCCUGCAGAUCUGGCCCUCCGGGUUCGCCCCUCGUCGCAGCGGUGGGCCGCAGCAGGGAGAAAUUGCAGCCAUCAGGCGAAUGACACACAUCGGUUGGCAGAAGGAAGUUUCGGAGGUGGAUCGUCGCUGGAUCCCCCCUGGCGGCGUUUCCUUGCGCAGCCCACGACGUUCUGCGCGCUCCCGCGGGGCAGGGAUGUCCAGGGCCGACCCAAGAGAUCCACUCGGAUCUCCUGGAGUGUCCGAACAUGCCGUUUCUGUUUUUUUUCCGAGCGAAUCUUAUGUGUUUGCUUAUCAUACCAUCUAUGCGCAAUCCUGCCUUUUGAACCCUUUGCAAGUACGUCGCCAGGCACAGCAUUUCCAGCGCGACGAGGGCAUUGCGAUGCCUCUGUUCACCUCCGUGCUCCUUUUUCACGUGCUCGAGCCAUUCGGCCUUACAGAUGAACUUUGUGUUUUGGCACAUUUGACAUGGCACAGGUUGAGUGGGCCGCGCCCGCGUGUCCCAGAUCUUGAUAUUAUCCGUCGGUUCCUUGCGGCGAAGCUCCCGGGUACGCUCAUACCUGCGGAUCGGGUCCUGAGCUUCAACGAAGUGAUCGAGUCGCGUGUUGUCUCAACUAUCCCCCCUGGCCAGAUCUCGUCCAUCUGCUCUUGACGUUCUCGUCUGCCAGCUGAAGUGCCUUUCUAGCCCGUAGGGCUUCUCUGCCACUCACGCGUUCGUUUCGGUCCUGCUGUUGGCCGCUUCGGUCUCGGGCGUCCUGCUGUCGACCACUCUGGGUCCCGACGCAUGCUGGAUAA